AUGCCAGGCAACAGAAUCCUAUGCGUUGCUGAAAAGCCCGCUAUUGCCAAAGCAGUCGCUCAGCAUCUCUCUGGAGGCUCUAUGCAAACGUUUCAUGUCCAAGGCAAUCAAUAUGUGAAAAACUAUAGCUUCCACUUCAACUUUGGUGGACCAUGGGGCAACUGCGAAGUGACUAUGACGAGCGUAAUUGGCCAUCUCACGGGUGUCGAAUUUGCAAGUCAGUACAAAGGCUGGCAGUCAUGUCCACCUAGCGUGUUGUUCGAAGUCCCUGUUUAUGAGAACGUCGAUCCCGACAAAAAAAGUAUUGCCGAGAACAUUCAGCAACAGGCCAGAUUCUGCAAAGCCCUCUUCAUCUGGACGGAUUGUGAUCGUGAGGGAGAGCAUAUCGGAACCGAGGUUAAGAACCAGGCACGUCUAGGCAAUGCCAGAAUCCAAAUUAAACGAGCCAAGUUUAGCAACACCGAAAAAGCUCAUGUGUUGAGAGCAGCGCGUGAGCCAGUGGAGUUGGAUGAAAAACAGGCAAAUGCGGUUGCAGCGAGAAUUGAGCUCGAUCUACGAAUUGGUGCCGCAUUUACACGUCUACAAACACUUCAACUACAAACGCUAGGUAGCCCGUUGGACCAGCGCACAAUCAGCUACGGAUCAUGCCAGUUUCCGACAUUAGGCUUUGUGGUUGAUCGGUAUCUUCGCGUCCAGAACUUCAAGCCGGAGCCUUUCUGGGCUAUAAAGGUGAUGCAUAAGCGUGACGGUAUCGACGUCAAUUUCAAUUGGCGCCGAGUCCAUCUCUUUGACCGUGCAGCCGUGACCAUCCUCCUGGAGCGAUGUCUUGCUGCCAAAACGGCCAAGGUUACGAAGGUGGCAAAGAAACCAACAAGCAAAUGGCGACCUCUCCCUUUGACAACUGUCGAUUUGCAGAUGAUGGGAAGCAAAUAUUUGCGAAUGACCUCUCAUCAAGUCAUGCAGGUGGCAGAAACCCUGUAUACAAGGGGAUUCAUCAGCUACCCACGUACAGAAACGGAUCAAUUCGAUAAAGCUAUCGACCUUAAAAAGUUGGUUGAAAAGCAAGUCCCAGAUCGAACAUGGGGGCAAUAUGCGCAAGACCUUUUGGACGGCAAGUUUAGGCAGCCCCGAGCUGGCAAGCACAAUGAUCAGGCCCAUCCUCCUAUUCACCCCGUUUGUGCGGCCGCGCCCCAGGCUCUAAAGGAUGACGAAAAGCGAGUCUUUGAAUUCGUUGUUCGUCGAUUUCUGGCAUGUUGCUCCGACGAUGCCAAGGGCCAGACGUCUGAAGUUGAGAUUGACUACGGCGAAGAGAUGUUCCAUGCCAAGGGCCUUCUUGUUCUAGAGAGGAAUUAUCUCGAUGUAUACGUUUACGAUAAAUGGGAGAGUAGUACUCAGCUCCCAGAUUUCCAGGUUGGGGAGCUCUUUGAGCCUACCGAGGCCAAGAUCACAGAUGGGAAAACGUCGCCUCCUUCAUACUUGACAGAGCCUGAACUAAUCGCGCUGAUGGACGCCAAUGGAAUUGGCACCGAUGCUACGAUGGCAGAGCACAUCAACAAAAUUAAAGAGCGAGAGUACGUUGCUACGCGGCCUCGUAGUGGCGCCAGCGGAGGCGGCGGCCGUGGUCGUGGUGGACGAGGAGCAAACAAUAAUUCCGGAGUACAAGAACUUAUUCCUACACGACUAGGAAUUGCCCUGGUUGAAGGCUACGACAAUGUGGUUGCAGGACUCACCGACUGCCCUUCGCUCAGCAAACCCUUUUUACGGAAAGAUAUGGAACUGCGGAUGAAAGACAUUUGCAACGGAAUUACUACAAGAAGACAAGUGGUAGAUCAAAAUCUGGAUAUGUAUCGAGGGGUAUUUAUUCACACACAGCGGAGAAUCAAUAUGCUCAAAGAAGCUUGUCGGAAAUAUGUUCUUCAGGAAGGAACUGUAACCAGCAAUGGGAGGUGA